ACCGCCGUACUCGCGAAAAGCCUGCCCAAACCCUCCUUCCCCUCGCGCCCAACGCCAUGCCGUCUUCCUCCGCCUCUCGCCGUCGCGGGCGCAACAAGCCCGCACCCCCGGCGGCGCAACCGGGGGCGGUUGGGCGCUCGACGGUCCCCGCACCCGCAGCGGUGCCGCGGCUGCAUCCGCCCGCGGGCUUCGCACGAGAGCUCGACCCGGGCCCGGACGCCGCGGCGGCCGAGCGCGCGAGGGGGCCCGUCCUGGCGCCGCGCCUGCCGCCGCCCGCCGCCUUCGCGCGAGGUCCCCGCCCCGCCCCGCCCCGCCCCGCCCCGAUCGUCGCUCCCCCAAACCCUAGCCCUCCCGUUCUCCAGGCCCCUGCCCCGACGCCGCCGCCCUCCUCCUCGUCCUCCUCCUCCAGGCGCCGCCGCCGCCGCCGCCGCAAGGCGGGUGCGGCGAGCGACUGGGCGUCGCUGCCGCGGGACGCGCUCGCAACCAUCCUUGGCAAGCUGGACCACAUCGAGAUCCUCACGGGCGCCGGCCAGGCGUGCCGCUCCUGGCGCCGCGCCGCGCGGGAGGACCCCUCCCUGUGGCGCCGCGUCGACAUGCGCGGCCACGCCGACCUCUUCAACCAGGUCAACCUCCACGGGAUGGCGCAGGCCGCCGUCCGCCGCGCCAACGGCCAGUGCGAGGCCUUCUGGGGCGAGUACGCCGGCAACGACGAGUUCCUCCUGUUCCUCGGCGAGCAGGCACCAUCUCUUAAGAGCCUUCGCCUCAUAUCUUGCUAUGAUGUCUCCAGUAAAGGGUUUGCAGAGGCUAUAAGGAAGUGGUAUCUUUGCAGGGCACCAUCUCUUAAGAGCCUUCGCCUCAUAUCUUGCUAUGAUGUCUCCAGUAAAGGGUUUGCAGAGGCUAUAAGGAAGCUUCCUCUGCUUGAGGAGCUUGAGCUUUCACUUUCUAGCAAUGUAUGUGGGCAGGAAGUGUUUGAGACUGUUGGAAAAUCAUGUCCACAACUCAAGCGCUUCAGACUCAGUAAACACAGUUUCAUCAGUUUUGAAGAUGUUGAAUACAAUAAGGAUGGGGAAGCUCUGGGGAUAGCAACUAUGACUGGACUACGCUCCCUGCAGAUCUUUGGCAAUAUCCUCACCAAUGCAGGGCUGACAGCAAUCUUGGACAAUUGCCACUACCUGGAGUCCCUCGACAUAUGCCACUGCUUCAAUGUUGAAAUGGACAACACUCUCCGAGCAAAGUGUGCUGGUAUCAAGACACUGCGGCUUCCUGAUGAUUCAACUGAUGAUUACGACUUCAGAGUUUUGCCUCCUAUAUGGGCCGAUAACUCCCAGAGUGAGGAUGACUCUGAUGAUGGCUACCCGGGGUCCGAUGUUUACUAUGAGCUGGACACCGAUCUCGAUGAUGACGAUGAUAUCUAUGAUCCUUCGAACUACAUCGAUGGUAUGGAUAAAGAUGAAGAGGCUAGGAUGAUCCUGAGGAGUUUGUGGGCGCUCAUGAAAUGAAACAUAUCUGCAUGCUGUGUUAGCAGUGCCUGAUGCCUGUCUCAAGCGCUCAUUCCUUCUGCUGGUGCAAUGGAUCGUUGUGUUGGGUUUUAUCUAUCACGUAGUGCUGGAAUUAAUAUCGCUAGCUAUCGUUCUGUAGUGAUUUAUGUUCUGGCUACCAUUCUUAUAUGCUCACAACAAUGUUUGGAGUCUUUUGUUUCCAGUUUCCUAAGUCUGCAUGGCACUGUAUGCCUACAGUGAAAACAAGGUAAUGAUGAUCGGAUUCUGCUUACCUAUGUGGUGGUGUGAAUGUCAUUAGACCAUACUCGUACUGGGAGGACCUGUAUAACUAGUUAACUACUCUAUGCUUGCUUUGUUUGACUCUUACUCUAUCUGGCUUGACGAAGCUGAACAACUGUUGUUAAUUCCCAGUUCUUUGACGUGUUCGUGCAUGUUGCUGAAA